CUUAAAAACAAGGAACCCAUGCACCUUGAAUACGAUAAAUUUGGUCAACCAUGUGGUAAGUGGCGUCAUAUGUAUGGGCAACAAGUUGGCCUUUGCAUGCGCAAACUUUCCAUUUUAACAACAUGGAAAGAGGUGACGGAGGGUAUGAAGAAGGCAUUGUGGGAAGAUACAGUGAAUUUAUUUCAUAUUGAACCUGAUGAAGCCAAGAAGGAAGUAUUUUUAUCAGCUGUUGCAGAGAGAUUUAGAGACUUCAAGACAAAGCUAGUGAGUGGAUGGAUCACUUUAAGAAGAAAAAGAACCAAGUCUAAGAAGUUGACAGAAGGAAAGGAAAAGGAGAAUGAGGAAGGAGAGGAAAAGGAAUAGGAGAAUGAGGAAGGA